UUGUCAAAAUCAGCGCUAAAAUGAUCGCAUUCGAUUUUGUUUACUAAACGAUUUCGGUGAAACGUUGUUGUGAAAUUCAUUUGAACGAGAAAAAAAAAUAAUGUCGUCUAUACAAGAAGCAAGCGGUGAUCCCGACCCAGAGAAUUGUUUUAAAAUUCUUCUGGCAACUGAUAUCCAUCUUGGAUAUAAGGAAAAGGAUGAAAUUAUUGGCAAAGACAGUUUUGUUACAUUUUCGGAAAUUUUGGAGCAUGCAAAAAACAACGAAGUUGAUUUUAUCUUGCUGGGUGGUGAUUUGUUCCAUGAUACAAAUCCAUCGAAAGAGGCAUUGCAACGAUGUAUGGAACUAUUGCGCACAUACACUUUGGGAGAUGCACCGAUCAAUUUCGAAAUUUUAAGCGAUCAUGAAGUCAAUUAUCAUGAUGCCAAUUUAAAUGUUGCCAUUCCAGUUUUUUCGAUUCAUGGAAAUCAUGAUGACCCAAGCGGUUUUGGUGGACUGAGUUCAAUGGAUUUGCUUGAAACAUCCGGAUUACUGAACUAUUUUGGCAAAUGUAAUAGUUUGGAGGAAGUGAAUAUAAAGCCGAUUCUUAUGAAAAAAGGUAUAACACAGUUGGCAUUGUAUGGCUUGAGCCACAUUCAUGACAAUAGGCUGGCACGUUUGUUUCGCGAUACAAAAGUCACAAUGGAUCAACCAGAUGAACGAUCUGGAGAUUGGUUCAAUGUUAUGGUGUUACAUCAAAAUCGUGUUGAUCGUGGACCAAAAAAUUAUGUACCAGAAGAGGUGCUACCAGAUAUGCUUGAUUUUGUUCUUUGGGGUCAUGAACAUGAUUGUCGUGUUGAGCCAGAACAACCGCCUGGUAAAUCGUUUUUCGUGUCGCAGCCAGGCUCGUCGGUAGCCACAUCAUUGUCAGAAGGUGAAUCUUUUGAGAAACAUAUUGCAAUAUUGCAUGUUUGUCAAAAUCAAUUCAAAUGUGAAAAGAUCAAAUUGCAAACGGUACGGCCGUUCAUUUUCAAAUCGAUUAAUUUACAAGAAUACGAUGACGAACUGGAGUUGGAUGAGGGUGAUGUCAAACCAAAGGUGAAGACAUUGUUGACCGGAAUCAUCAAUGGAAUGAUUGAUGAAGCGAAAGGAAAAGAAACAGAAUCCAGUAGCCAACCAAAGCUACCGUUGAUUCGAUUACGCGUUCUUUAUCACGAUGAAGAGCAUGCAAUCAACGAAAUUCGUUUUGGUCAACAAUUCAAUCACCAAGUGGCAAAUCCAUCGGAAUUGGUUAAAAUGCAGCGUAACAUCAAACGUGUUAAAGCCGAACGCCGACCAAUCAAUGAAGAAGCCAUGAACAAAGCAUUCGAAAAGGAAGAAGAGGAGGAGGACGUUCGUUUAGAAGAUUAUGUGGAUCGUUACUUUAAAGAUCCAAAUAAUGCAGAAAAAUUGAAUGUACUAUUUCCCAAUUGCUUAUCGGAGGUAUGCCGACGAUUGGCUAUAUAUAAUGAUGACGAUGCUGCCAACAGAGCUAUUAACAUCUCAAUCAGUAAGGCUUGUGAUUUUUUGAACAACAAAAUGCCGGAAGAUGCUGAAAUCGAUGAUGCACUGAUGGAAUUCCAUUUGACAAAAGAUGAAGUAUUCAAAAACAUUCAAACCGAACUAACUAAUCGUCGAACAGCCGGUCUUGCUCCGUUAUCAAAUGAUGAUAACAAUGAUGAUAUGAACGAAAAAGAAAAUCAAGCAGGUACAACUGGUCGUGGUGGGAGAGCAACGAAAACUACCGCUAGCAAAGCAGCUGCAAGCAAAUCCGCAGCAAGUAAAACUACGGCAUCUGGCAGAGGAAAAGGUCGUGGUCGUGCCGCAGCUGCGCCAUCCACAAGAAAUGAACUGAAUGUUUCGACAACACGAAGCCAACAACCAACAAUUCAGCAGUCACUAGGUCGCAGAACAGCUCGAUCAACUGCUCGAAGUGUUGUCUAUGACGUAGAUGAUUCGGAUUAAGCUAUCAUUUCAUAUUAUGAAAUUAUUCAUUUUUUUUACCAAUCGUUCUAAACGAUUUAUUACGUUGAUUUUUAAUAAAUAAUCGCUUAAGAAUUGAA